CCCAGUACGAGGAAGAGCUGGACCGCCAGCGCAGACUGCUGGACGGCGCCUGGAGACCGGAGGUUCGGCUGGACCGGACAGAACUUCCUGUUCAGUUCCUGAGGAAGGAGAAAGAGGAAGUUCCUGCUGACCAGCAGCUCUGGAAGUCCAGUCCAGACCGGGAGGAACCAGAACCUUCCCGGGUCAAAGAGGAAGAUGASGCUCUCUGCUUCGUCCGUGAUGAAGAGCCGCCGGUUCUGAAGCCGGACGCUGAUAUCACCAUGGUAACGUCUGAACCAGAACCCAGCAGGGACCGGAGCGUGUCCGAGUCGGAGACCCGAGAACCGGCGGGAAGCUGGAGUGACGACUCGGACUCGGCCAGAGAUCGGACCGGGUUCUGGAGCAGCCAGCAGGAAGGUCAAGAACCAGACGCUCUGACUCCAAACAGUGGCCUGCUCGGUGCUGCUGCCGCCGGGGUCAGAGGUCAGGACGGAACCUGGCUCCAGAAGGAGCUGGAGYCGAAGAGGAGACGGGUCAGGAAGAGGAUCAGCGGUUCUGGCCUGGUUCCCGGUGGACUGGGGCUGCGGCCMGUUUCCUGUGACGUCUGCGGGAAAGCYUUCAGGUGCAACUCGGAGAUGCGGGUCCACUUGCGCGUUCACACGGGCGAGAAACCUUUCUCCUGCGACGUCUGCCAGAAGACGUUCAGCUUCAAGGUCAACCUGUCCGUCCACAUGCGGACGCACACGGGAGAGAAACCGUACGCCUGCCAGUUCUGUGAGAAACGCUUCUCGGAUCACUCAUCGCUCCGGAAGCACACCAACGUUCACACAGGAGAGAGGCCGUACUCCUGCGCCGUCUGCGGAAAACGCUUCAGCCGCAGCAGCCACAUGUGGCGGCACGUCAGGGUCCACGCCGGAGAGGCUCCGCCCACCUGAGGCUCCGCCCACCCGAGGGACAGCUGCAGGUGCAGGCCUGACCGUAGGUCCGGUCUGGGUCCAUAACUGAUUUGUUUUUAUUAUGUUUUUGCUGAMGCAGCGGCUGGACGAGUCGUUUUACAGCUGAGACCAGAAGUUUACAUACAGCCAAUAAAAAAAAAACAUCCAUUUUUAUCUCUUGUUUCAGAAUCACUGAAAUUAUUUCUGUUUGCUCAACGACUCGGUUAUGAGAAAAAGACUGUCAGUUUUAUGGAUUGAGCUUAACGCGUUAGAUUUUAACGCAUUAAAAUUUGAACACAGUUAAUCACUUUUUAGUUUUUGUUAAAUAUAAAGGUUCCGGCUGGAACCUUCGUAUUCGCAUGUUUCCGGUACAACUGUAAAUCAUGAAACGGGAAAACCUUCCAGGUUAGCAGGAAUGGAAACCAACGACGAGCUUCAUGGCCAAGGAAAUUAAAUUGACAAUGAAGUUAUAAUGCUACGAAAAUAAUCGCACCUGAAUAAAGUAAUGACAUGAAAAUAAAGUUACAAUAUUAUGAGAA